CCUCCCCUUUCGUGGCUCGCCCUUCUGGCCCUCAUUUCGCUCGUCUUCGGGCCCUCGUUCGGUCCGUCGCUCUGGGCGCUGCCGUUGCUUGAAUGGAGCAAUCACAAAGAGGCUUGGCGCUGACCCACGUGCAAAUACGGAACGCCCCUCCAUAGCCACUUGAGCCCGAGCUGCGCCGGCCGAUCGCACGGCUCGCGGAGGCGGCCAUGGGCGAUCGCCAGAGUUGCCCGCGCGCGCGGCCGCGGCGGCCCCCCCUGCUGGCCGCGGCCGCGCUCGCCCCCGCCGCGGCGGGCCGCGGAGACGAGUUGGCGCCCGGGUCCGCCGAGACCCUGCGCUCGCUCGUGGCGGAGCUCGCCGCCAGGCACGACGUCGCCGCCCUCGCCGCCGAGCGCGCCUCGGGGCUUCGGGAGGCGGUGGAGGCGGCGCCCGCGGGCGGCGCCCGCUGCGAGGUGGGCGGAGCGGGCGCGGAGGACGCGGAGCGGGCCCCUGCGUGGACGCUGCUCGGGCAGGCGACCCCGUGGCCGCCGCCGUUGCGGGGCAAGGGCAGGGUCUACAAGCCGCGCCCGCGGGACCCGGCCCUGCCCUCCGCGUGGCGCCGAGUGAGCGGCGUGCGCAGCCCAUGCUACCACGCCGGGUCGGACGGGGAGCUGGCGUGCCUGCCCCUGCUGCUCAACCUGGCGCCGCCCAAGUGUGGGACGACGGAUCUGUACUACCGGGUGCUGGCGAAUCCCAGCGUCGUGGAGGGCGAGCAGGUCGUGGCCCUGGACGAGAUCGAGGGCAACGCCGUCAAGGAGCCCAAGUAUUGGCUCCACGGCGUCAAGCACGGCAUGCCCGUGGAGGUGUACGCCCAGGUAUACCUCCCGCUGGCGCGAGCAGUGGCCGGCCCAAGCGCGAACUCGACCCAGCUCGAGGGGAGCCCAGGCCCAGCGGGCGCUGGCGCUGGGGCACAUCAGGAGCUCCUGAGCAUGGAUUUCUCCGCCACGAACUUCUGCGCCAGGCCCGCGGCUCUCUGGCGCGUGUUGCCAGAGUCGAGGUUCGUGGCCGUGCUGCGGGAUCCAGUGAAGAGGGCGGAGUCGCAUUUCAACUUCGCCUUCACCAUGUACUAUUCCGCCCCUGGGUGCCACCACGAGCACAGCCCCGCGUUCCUCCACGAGAACGUUGUCAACAUCACCGCGGCGUUCCGGACCUGCCUGGCAGACUUCGGCCGCACGUGGUGCUGGGAACAGCAGCGGGGCCCCGACAGGGGUCCCUGCAGCGAGAGGGCCCGGAGCCCAAGGUUCGUGCUCGACGGCCUCUACGGCACCUCGUUGGUGCGCUUCUUGGACUUCUACCCGCGGGACCGUUUCUUUCUCCGCCGCCUCGACGAGCUCGACUUCCGGCGUGACAAGAAGACCGCGGCGCGCACCCUUCGAGAGCUCUGGGCCUUCGCGGGCAUCAGCAGCGUGGAGCUGCCCAAGCAGAAGCGGAAGGCCGCUCACACCAAGCUGAGGGAGAACGAGCAGACCAGGACGGUGUUUUUUGCCCACCUGCUCGAGGAGACGCGGACGAUGCUGCGAGAGUUCUAUAGGCCAGACCUCGCGCGCUUGCACGCCGCCUUCGGUGACAAGAGCCUCAGCUGGUGGUGACAAGAA